AUGAAGAUGAGAGGAUCAAGCCAAGAUACAGCGACGCCGUACUGUCGCUGCCGAGUGCUGUAUCUCGGCAGUUCAGUGCCCCACGCCAGCAAGGAGGGACUUCUUGGUGUCCAAGAGCCACUCCGCGAACUCUACCCGGAACAAGGGGCAUUGGGAGCACGUGGUAUCGACUCCUGGCUGAGCGUCUGGUCCAACGGUCUCCUCCUGGAGAAUGUGGACGAGCAUCGAAAGAAAGUAACCCGUUUCUUUCCCAUCGAAGCCCUUCACUACUGCGCCGCAGUGCGUCACGUAAAAGGCGGCAACAGCGACACUUCCAACGCCCGUUUCCUUCCACUGGACUCACCAUUCGCGAGGAAUCCAUCAGCAAAUCAUCCACCCCUAUUUGCCGCUGUACUCCGUCGUACAACGGGAAUCAAAGUGCUCGAGUGCCACGCCUUCAUAUGUAAACGUGACAUGGCGGCCAACGCCCUGGUGAGAUGCUGUUUUCAUGCUUACGCUGACAGUAGUUAUGCUAAAGGUCUUGAUCCAAAUACAGCAACGAUCAUUAGUAAUGGCACAUCGCCAGGACCUCAUCCUACAAAUGGCACGUCUAACGGUAGUUUGUACCACACGUUAGGCGGCUCAAGCACGACUUUAGACAACAGCAGUCCACCAGGAACGCGUUUGGAUACUGCAUCUAACGACGACAUUAGUCUUUACAAUGGAGAUGAGAAUCACAAAGUCUGGGCAAAGGGAAGGGACGAGGUGGAUGCGGUUUACCAGGAACAGGGAACAUUGAGGAGCACAAGAGGAUCCAGACCAAGACAACUGGUGGCACCUCCUCCGCCACCUCCGCCUCCGCCGCCACCGCCAGCGCAACCCCUGAUGUCAGAAGAGUCGACAUCGGCGCGGAGAAAAACGAGUAAAAAGCUCAAGAAGAUCAAAAAUCGUCAUGAGGAUCAGAUUAUGCCGCACCCGCAAAUGCAUCCUCAGAUGCAUCCUCAAGCGAUUUACACUAAUGGUCAUGGGCAUCAUACUCUUGGUCAUCCGAUAAGACAGCAGCACUACCACCAGAUGCCACCGAGUAGUAGAUCGGUAGCGGGAACUCUGGCAAGACCUGCUCCAGUGCUGCUCGUUCCUGCUGCCACUCUUCCUAGAAAAGCUCAUCAUCAUCAUCGCGGGAUGCGACCGAUUCCUGCUGCCGCGCCGAUAGUUCCUAUCUACGCUCCACUUCCGGUAGUUCCACCACCACCUGCAGCACUUUAUCAACCGACUUAUGGUACUGCUGGGAACAGGGGGAGACGACAGCACCCCCAGGAGGUGGAGUCCUCGACACUGGGGGCUAAUCGAAGACUCGCGGCUUCUCAUGCUGAUCUAACUGCCCCCGAUGGCGCUGCUGAGAGUCCCGAGGGGGAUUCCCGAUUUGGCACUGGAAUCUACAGACGCAAAGGACAUCUCAACGAACGGGCGUUCUCCUACAGCAUCAGGGCCGAACAUCGCAGCAGAAGUCACGGGAGCUUAGCUUCACUGGGAUUCAGUCCGCAGAAUGGUAACGCUCAUCCCAAAGAGGAGAAGAAGGAUCGGGAAUUUGCUCAGAUGGUCGCUGAACUCAGCCUCGAUGAUCACGAGCGGGGACAGUACGGAAGGAAUAAUCAUCAUGCGCCACAACCGUUGCCCAGACCUCGUCGAUAA